GUCUGGCCAUCUUUUGCCGGGCGACCAGUAAUGAAGUACGCGUUUCUGUUAAACGAAGCUAUAGCGAGGACAAAGGGCGACUUAAAAGCGAAACAGAGUGAGAUAAAGGCUGGUGUAACGAAGAUUGAAUUGACGAAAGGGAUCGCAAUCAAAAGAGAUGUCGGCGUUAAGUAUCUUGGUUAAUUGUAUCAUCUUGUGCGCUGCCUUACGAAGCACAUACUCUACGCCGAAAAAAAUUGCUGUUCUAAAGAUCAACAAAACCGAUAAUAUUCUGAUCGAUGACACUUCCUACUCGUCUGUUCGAAAUCCAUUGAAAUCAUAUUGGAACGAUUUGCCCACUAGCAAUGUGAAUAUACACGGCACGGUGUGCAUGUGCAAUCUUGGCAUGCGUGGGGUGCCUCCUCGCGAAGAUUACAUAUACACGCCUGGAAUCGGUUCGCAUAAAUUGCACACCAGAGGACAAACAUGGAACACGGCGCGAACAAUGUGCAUAGAGGAAGGCGGGCAAUUGGCAGUUGUCAAUUCCGACCAGGAGGCACGGGCAAUGAUGCGUCUGUUUCAUAUAUAUGGCAAAUUUAAAGAUGCCCACCGUAAUGACGAAGCCUUUCUGGGUAUACACGAUAUUUAUAAGGAGGGCGAUUGGACCACGAUACUCGGCGACCCGCUCGUGGAAACUGGCUUCACUAAAUGGAGCAAUUUGUUUGGUGGACAGCCGGAUAACGGAGAUGGAGUUCGUGUGCAAAAUUGUGGAGGGUUCUUAACGGAAGGAACUUUAGACGAUAUAGCCUGCAACACACGAUUCGCGUUUAUCUGUGAAAUACCUGAGAUAACGCCUUUGUAAUCAUUUAUUUAUUCAACCCUUGGCAGUGAUAAUUUUGAAAGAACGAUCGAUCCUCGGUGGACAAAGAUGUUUUGGUUUUUACCUGGAACGUUGAUAAGGCUUUCGCAAAGUUUUAUUGUAAUUUGAAGAAAAUAUCAAGAAGUUUUGGAACCUCUAUGUUAGUGCAUACGAUCCUUUAAUCUUUCCGCUUGCAUCUCGUGCACGUUUGUGCAUUUUUACUUAUUACUCGGAAGGUUGUAAAGAAAAAUUGAAAGAGAGUUUUUCUUCCGCGACACCAUGCAAGAUGCGUAAUGAUUACGAAUCGUUAUGCCUGGUUUUCUUUUCGUGGGUCUAAGCUUCGCUUCACUUCCCGUUUGACUUUAAAAUAGUAAAGACAUCCUUCUGAAUUAAACUUUUAAAAUAGA